UGACUGGAUGAGGAGUGGGUUAGGGAGUUUAGAACUUGUCGGUGUGCCCAGCUGGUGGGCGUCAAGCGUUCUUGGUGUGGAGUAGACUUGGGCGUAGAGGCGGGUGGAAGACGUUUGAAUCCCCGAGAUUGCUGGGAAGGGCUCGGUGAAGUAGGAGACAGGCUUCUGUGGCUUCUUAGGUGACCCCCUUAUUAUUGAAUACCGGAGUGUUUGGAUCCCCGAGAUCCUGAUGGGUGGCUCGGGAACUUGAGUCCUGGAGGCGUCCUGAAGUUGAGAGGAGCCAGAGGAGCCGUGGCUCUGAAGUCAGAGAGGGUGGAGCCUCUGCACUGGCUCCCUAAGGGUCGCGGCUGCCCCUGCUUGCUGGUUAGCUGCCCGAGGGGCAACUGUACACAGAGACGAAUAGAAACUGGGAAGGAGGCUGCGGGGAGGGGGGGUGCCCACAGGCCCAACUGGAGGCUGUGACAACCUGCUGGCUGUGGACCCGAGCCCUUGGAAUUCACGCAGGUGCCAGGGUUGGAGCCUUUCCUGCCGAGGCGCUUCAGCAGCCCCUCCCCUCCUGAAGGAUGCUCGCGGCCCGCCCCCCCUGGACGCAGGGGGGUGACGCUGCGGGAGCCGCCGCCGCCGCUGCCGCCCGUGCCGCUGGAGGGGCGGGGACUGCGCGGAGCACCGCUUCCCUCCCUGCCCCAACGGUGGGACUUGGGGUCCAAUGGGGGAGAGAUCUGCUUACCAGCGCCUGGCUGGGGGCGAGGAGGGACCGCAGAGGCUGGGGAGCAGCAGCAUGCAGCCGGAGGAGGGGACAGGCUGGCUGUUGGAGCUGCUGUCCGAGGUGCAGCUACAGCAGUAUUUCCUGAGGCUCCGUGAUGACCUCAACAUCACCCGCCUGUCCCACUUUGAGUAUGUCAAGAACGAAGAUCUGGAAAAGAUUGGCAUGGGCCGGCCUGGUCAGAGGCGUCUGUGGGAGGCCGUGAAGAGGAGGAAGGCCGUGUGCAAACGCAAGUCGUGGAUGAGCAAGGUGUUCAGUGGAAAGCGGCUGGAGGCCGAGUUCCCGCCCCAUCAGUCGCAGAGCACCUUCCGGAAGCCCUCGCCCACCCCGGGCGGCCUGGCGGGGGAGGGGACCCUGCAGAGCCUAACCUGCCUCAUCAGUGAGAAGGACCUGCGCCUCCUGGAGAAGCUGGGGGACGGCUCCUUUGGCGUGGUGCGCAGGGGCGAGUGGGAUGCCCCUGCGGGGAGGACGGUGAGCGUGGCGGUAAAGUGCCUGAAGCCGGAUGUGCUGAGCCAGCCAGAGGCCAUGGACGACUUCAUCCGGGAGGUCAAUGCCAUGCAUACACUUGACCACCGGAACCUCAUUCGCCUGUACGGUGUGGUGCUCACACCGCCCAUGAAGAUGGUGACGGAACUGGCACCUCUGGGAUCUCUGUUGGACCGACUACGGAAACACCAAGGUCAUUUCCUCUUGGGGACUCUGAGCCGCUACGCCGUGCAGGUGGCCGAGGGCAUGGGCUACCUGGAGUCCAAGCGCUUCAUUCACCGGGACCUAGCUGCUCGGAACCUGCUGUUGGCUACCCGUGACCUGGUCAAGAUCGGGGACUUCGGACUAAUGCGGGCUCUGCCCCAGAACGAUGACCACUACGUCAUGCAAGAACAUCGCAAGGUGCCCUUUGCCUGGUGUGCCCCUGAGAGCCUGAAGACACGGACCUUCUCUCAUGCCAGUGACACCUGGAUGUUUGGGGUCACACUGUGGGAGAUGUUCACGUAUGGCCAGGAGCCCUGGAUUGGCCUCAAUGGCAGCCAGAUCCUGCAUAAGAUUGACAAGGAAGGAGAGCGCCUGCCCCGGCCUGAGGACUGCCCCCAGGACAUCUACAACGUCAUGGUCCAGUGCUGGGCCCAUAAGCCAGAGGACAGACCCACGUUUGUGGCCCUUCGGGACUUCCUGCUGGAGGCUCAGCCUACUGACAUGCGGGCCCUUCAGGACUUUGAGGAGCCGGACAAGCUGCACAUCCAGAUGAAUGACGUCAUCACCGUCAUCGAGGGACGGGCUGAGAACUACUGGUGGCGUGGCCAGAACACCCGGACGCUGUGUGUGGGACCCUUCCCUCGAAAUGUGGUGACCUCCGUGGCCGGCCUGUCGGCUCAGGACAUCAGCCAGCCUCUACAGAACAGCUUUAUCCACACGGGGCACGGUGACAGUGACCCCCGCCACUGCUGGGGAUUCCCUGACAAGAUUGAUGAACUGUAUCUGGGAAACCCCAUGGACCCUCCUGACCUGCUGAGUGUGGAGCUGAGCACCUCCCGACCCGCCCAGCAUCUGGGAAGGGUGAAAAGGGAGCCUCCACCUCGCCCACCUCAGCCUGCCAUCUUCACUCAGAGUAAGUGGGGCUGCUCAGGAUGCCUCGGCCCCCGCCCCUGCCCUCCCUCUCCUCUCACUUCUCUUCUGGAAGAGCCGACAUACGACCCUGUGAGUGAGGACCAAGACCCCCUGGCCAGCGACUUCAAGAGGCUGGGCCUGAGGAAGCCGGCCCUGCCCCGGGGGCUGUGGCUGGCGAAGCCCUCGGCCCGCGUGCCGGGCACCAAGGCGGCCCGCGGCGGCGGGGGCGGCGGCGGGGGCGAGGUCACGCUCAUCGACUUCGGGGAGGAGCCCGCGGUCCCAGCCCCGCGGCCCUGUGCACCCUCCCUGGCACAGUUGGCCAUGGAUGCCUGCUCCCUGCUGGACAAGACGCCCCCCCAGAGCCCGACGCGGGCACUGCCCCGGCCCUUACACCCCACGCCCGUGGUAGACUGGGACGCCCGCCCGCUGCCCCCGCCCCCUGCCUACGACGAGGUGGCCCAAGAUGAGGAUGACUUUGAGGUCUGCUCCAUCAACAGCACGCUCGUGGGCGCAGGGCUCCCUGCCGGGCCGAGCCAGGGCGAGACCAAUUACGCCUUUGUGCCCGAGCAGGCGCAGGCGCAGCUGCCCCCUGCCCUGGAGGACAACCUGUUCCUUCCCCCGCAGGGUGGCGGCGCCAAGCCACCCAGCCUGGCCCAGACGGCGGAGAUUUUCCAGGCCCUGCAGCAGGAGUGUAUGCGGCAGCUCCAGGUCCCCGCUGGCCCGCUGACCCCCUCCCCGACCCCCGGAGGCGAUGACAAGCCCCAGGUGCCACCCCGGGUGCCUAUCCCCCCUCGGCCCACACGUCCACGUGUGGAGCUAUCUCCGGCUCCCCCGGGUGAGGAAGAGGCGAGCCGGUGGCCUGGACCUGCCUCCCCUCCCCGAGUGCCUCCCCGGGAACCCCUGUCCCCUCAAGGUUCAAGGACCCCGAGCCCCCUGGUGCCGCCUGGCAGCUCUCCAUUACCGCACCGGCUCUCCAGCUCGCCUGGAAAGCCCAUGCCCACCACCCAGAGCUUCGCCUCCGACCCUAAGUAUGCCACGCCCCAAGUGAUCCAGGCCCCCGGCCCGCGGGCUGGCCCCUGCAUCCUGCCCAUUGUCCGCGAUGGCAGGAAGGUCAGCAGCACUCACUACUACCUGCUGCCCGAGCGCCCUGCUUACCUGGAGCGCUACCAGCGCUUCCUUCGGGAGGCCCAGAGCCCCGAAGAGCCUGUGCCCCCCCUCCUGCUGCCCCCACCCAGUACCCCCGCCCCCGCCGCCCCCACUGCCACGGUCCGACCCAUGCCUCAGGCUGCCCCAGACCCAAAGGGCAACUUCUCCACCAAUAACAGCAACCCGGGGGCUCGGCCCCCGGCCCCGAGGGCCACCGCCCGGCUGCCGCAGAGGGGCUGCCCAGGGGAUGGGCAAGAGGCUGCCCGGCCAGCAGACAAGAUCCAGAUGCUGCAGGCCAUGGUGCAUGGGGUGACCACAGAGGAGUGCCAGGCGGCCCUGCAGAGCCACAGCUGGAGCGUGCAGAGGGCUGCCCAGUAUCUGAAGGUGGAACAGCUCUUUGGGCUGGGUCUCCGGCCACGGGUGGAGUGCCACAAAGUGCUGGAGAUGUUUGACUGGAACCUGGAGCAAGCUGGCUGCCACCUUCUGGGUUCCUGUGGCCCUGCCCACCACAAACGCUGACAGUCGUCCGGAGAGCGGCGGUCUGCCCUAAAGGAACCACUUGAACCUGUCUGUGGGACAAGGGUGGGGAGAUGCCCCGUCUCCGGCCUGGAGGACCCACCUCUGCGGGCUGCUCCCAGUGGACACCGAGAGACCCAGGGGGCCGGGGGCCCCACCUCGCCCACCUCACUCACCCACCCAGCGCUGUUCUGCACACCUUGGUUCAGCCCUCCGUGCCCCAGCCAAGAGGUGGGAAGGAGCCUUGUGAAGGCAAGACGGGCCACCGCCUGGCCGGCCCCGCGUGUGACCUGCCUCUGGCUCCAGAUCAAGGCUGGGCUGGUGGUUCGAGUGUGCCUCAGGCUCUGCCCUGGGGGAACUAGACCGAGGAAGCAUGGCUUGACUUGGGCAAGAAGGAUGUGUUGGCCACGCAGAAGGGUAGGCCGGCAUCCAGCAGGCCCUCCCAAGGGCUGGGCCCUUUUCCAGGGCGCCCCUGUAGGCAUUUGGAGUACUGGACAGAAUGUGACCUGUGGCUUCACUGUGAACUUGUGGGCUUGGCUGCUCUUAGGAUCUUGUACCCGGAAACAGCCUCAAAGUGGCUCAGAAGCAGAGAGAGGGCCCCGCAAGGCCCCGGGAUCGGAAGGAGACCCCAGGGGCACCAGUAUUUUCCUGUUUGACCCCUGCUCUUCCUGUUGCUGUUCGAUGUGUUCCCAUCAACCUCUGUUGCCAAAGUUGCUGCCCCCAGCUACGGAUACCUGCUUCUUCCAGAGAAAUAAAUUCCGUUUCUAUUUUAUGUUA